AACUCUUCAAUGUAUUUUUGCGGAGGGGUGUGUCAACGAAAAAGAAUAAUGGCAAAAAUAAUACGUGUCCAGGGAUACGACGCCUAUAAGACAGCAGCAAAAGAGAAUGCAGGAAAAACUCUGUUUGCUUUGUUUACAGGCUCGCAUGGAGAGGAUGGCAAAAGUUGGUGCCCAGACUGUGUUACCGCUGAUCCUGUAGUGGAGGCGAGCUUGUCCAAACUUCCAGCUGAUGCUGUUUUUAUACAUUGUGGUGUUGGUGAUAGAGAUUUUUGGAAAGACCAAAGUAAUGUAUUUAGAAAGGAUGCUGACUUGAGGCUAAAAAGUGUACCAACUUUGAUGAAGCUGGGACAGCCAAACAGAUUAGAAGAGGAACAGUGUGCCAAAGCGGAUCUUGUAGAAAUGUUGUUCGUUGAUGACUGAGAGAAAUAAAAUGGCUACUUGAACCAAUAAGACUUGUGUUUUACUAUAUUACAUAUCAAAUAGGCUAAAAGAAGGAUUUUUUGCAUGAAAUAAAAACCAGCAGAAUUGUAA